UUGUAAACAAUGCUUAAUAAUUUGCAAAUUUUACACCUUUUAUGUAUUAGUACCUGUAUCAUAUUGCUUUACUCAAGAAACACACAUAUAGUCGUUCAGAUGAGAAGCACAUUUUCUUUGCGAGGCCCCAACGACGACGAACUUCCCAACGUAACUGAUGCAGUCGGAUCUUUAUUCAACGUGACUGAGUUCCAGUGGAAAUUUACUAGCAACCCAUGCGCCCCUUACCCAGCCGGUCUGCUGUUGCUAAUUCUAGUCCCGUCUAGCCCUUUCCAUGAGCAACAUAGAAGCAUCAUCAGAGACGCUUGGGCCAGAACUGGGGAGACAGGGCUAUUCUUGAUGGGAGAAACCAUGGACCCUACUGCAGCAGCCAUUAUAGCCAACGAGUCAUCGACCUACGGAGACAUGCUUCAGGGAAAUUUUAUCGAUAACCACGCCAACAUGACUUACAAGCACAUCAUGGGGUUGAAGUGGGUUGCUCAUCAUUGCCCUAAAGUCAAGUACAUACUGAAGCAAGAUGAUGAUGUGACAGUUGACUAUUUGACACUGAGAACGUUCUUAGUCAGAGGUCUAUCACCGUGGGGUGCCAAGAAACUGCUCCUGUGCACCUUGGAGAAAUGUCACUUGGUAGUUCACCGCGUUAAGCAUUGCAGGUUUCACGUUGGGAAGGAUGAAUAUAGCAAGGACAUGUACCCGUGCAUGUGUCCAGGUAGCUUUUUACUGUUCUCACAAGACUCGGUGAGGCUUCUACUGGAUGCCAGUUCACGUGUGAAGUUUUUCAAGAUCGACGAUGUGUACGUUACUGCCUUUUUGGCCGAGGCUGCCGGUGUGCAGCGCACAGCGGCGGCGAGCGAGGGCUUCCGACACCCUUGGAACAAAAUACCGUACGUCAUCCUCCAAGACGAAAAGCUUAAUGUUAUCCAAGAGUACCGUAACUUCAGCGUCAUGCCUCACUUGUUUGAAAAUAAAUUAUAAUAUACAUAA